AUGGGUAUCCCGGGACUAAUCAAUGCCAUUGGCACAGGAGAGCGUAUCUCUCUGUCCAAGCUGGCUGUAAGCCACCUGGAGCGGACUGCAAGACCCAUCCGAGUCGCGGUCGAUAUCUCGAUUUGGCUGUUUCAAGUCCAAGCCGGUCGUGGCGGAAAGAACCCUGAGCUGCGGACUUUGUUCUUUCGACUUCUGAAGCUUCUGUCACUGCCAGUUCACCCGCUCUUCGUCUACGAUGGCCAACACAAGCCUCCAUUUAAGAGGGGCAAAGCAGUGUCUGCCCGCAGUUACGGCAGUGCGCCAAUCAUCCGACGCUCCAGAGAUCUGAUUGAACGUUUCCGAUUUCCGUGGCAUGAAGCCCCCGGCGAGGCCGAAGCGGAGUGCGCGCGGCUGCAACGAGCUGGUAUCGUUGAUGCAGUCAUGAGCAACGAUGUUGACGCGUUGAUGUUUGGAUCCACGAUGACGAUCAUGAAUUUCUCGAAGGAGAGCGGAACCGGUACAUCAGCAUCGACACACGUUACUUGUUACCGCAUGGGCAACGAGGGGCAUGUUUCUAAUGUUCCCCUGAGUCGAGCGGGAAUGAUUUUGUUUGCCAUGCUCAGCGGAGGUGAUUAUUUGCCCUCAGGCGUUCCGAAGUGUGGGAGCAAAUUGGCUGCACAGAUUGCGAAAGCGCAAUUUGGUGACGAUCUGCUGAGAGAGAUCUCAUCUCAGUCGCCUGACCUGGACUCAAGAUUGAACGAAUGGCGGGAACGGCUGCAAUUUGAGCUCGAGGAGAACGAGAGCGGUUGGUUCACGACGAAACACAAAGCCGUUCAAAUCCCCGAGACUUUUCCUGACCGGGUGAUUCUCAAGUACUAUGCGGAGCCCAUAGUGUCCACGGAAGAUGAAAUGGCAGCUCUAAGGCGUCGUUUGAGGCAUGCUUGGGAUUGCGAGAUUGAUCCUUCGGUGAUUCGAAGCUUUGCUGCCGAGUACUUUGAGUGGAACUACCGCUCAGGUGCAAGGAAGGUUAUCAAACUCCUUGCGGAACCUCUCAUUUCCUACAGACUUCGUCUCCAGAGGCCUAUAAUGGGCUUGCAAUCAGGGACUCUUGCUCCCGAUUGUGAUACACCCUGGAUGCAAAAGAUUCACAAAAGUCGUGCAAAUUUCGGCACAGACGGCACUACCGAGCUUCAAAUGGACAUGCUUCCUAUUGACGUUGUUGGUAUCGACCUUUUGGCUGAAGAACCUAAUCCGCCUCUUCCAUCCCAAGAAACCAUGCCAUCGCAAAGCACGCACCACUCCGGCGAUGAGGAAGACCCAGAGGUUGCCGCCGAGGCACCACCGCCCACUCCUUCGAAGUCUCGAGUAACGAAACGCUACAAUCCGCUCGCCAUUGAGAAGGUCUGGAUCUUCGAGACUGUAGCCAGGCUGGGUGUUCCUGAAAUUGUCAAGAAGUGGGGGGAUGAGCAGGCUGCUAAGGCUGCCAAGGCUGCUGCCCCCAAACCCAAGAAGGCGACCACUCGACGCACAGAGCCCAAGAAGAAGGGGCCUAUCGAUCCUUCCAUGAUGCGGGGAAGCAUCCUGAAGUAUGGAACUCUUACGAAAGAAAGAUCGGAGUUAUCGUCUUCUGCAAAAACUCAGUUGCUAGAAGCUGCUACUUCUACUAAGCCUGCCAAAAAUCAGCGCUCCCUGUUUCAAAGUAUGACGCCCAUUGAUCCUGAGAUGGAUUCUUCUUCUCCGAGUAUGUAUUCACAGCAUCAGGCUUCAGAUCUGACGCCCUCCAAGUCACAUAAGAUGGCUGAUCUUAUUGGCACAUUUUCCACGCCGCGCACAAUGUCAACACCGACGGUCAAACGACACCCGAUGGCCACUCAAUCACGGAUGCGAGCCCGAGCUGGCAUUCUGGCAAGUACCGAAGGCGAGAUUGAAGAGCCAACCAUACCACUCGUCGAUAUUGUUGCCUCGCCGCAAGCCUUACCAAAAGGUAUCAAAUUCAGCCACUCCGUCUCAGGCGACGAGACUUCAACAACCACCGCCGAAGUAAGUAAAGAAGAUCUUGCAACAGCAUCGCUGUCAUUUAAACAGCAUCGGCAUGGCCCCAAGAAACCAGUCAAGUCUCCACGUCCAACAGGGAAAUCACACUUGAUUGAAGAUUUUGGAGAAGCCACUGGCUCGUUAUCCCCGUCACUGAAGGACGUAAAAAAGGACACUCUCCAGCACUCGCCAGUUCGUUCUUUGCGUGUACCAGCUUCGUUAAAGGUGCCAGAACCUGAAGCCAGCCGUAGUCCUUCCAAGACCCCCAAGCCUGAGACUCUUGUUUCAUCCGUGGCACCUGCGUCUUCCCAUGGCCUCCCAGCAGACGUGAAAGGGAUUGAGACUCUGCUAACGCAACCAUCCGACUCUCCACCAAACACCCCCAAAAGGUCAAAAAGCAAGCCACGAGCCUGCACAAAAACAAAGGACCGGGAACCGGGGCCCACGCCAACCGCCGGCCAUCUUGAAAACCUCACAACAUCGAAUGGCUUCUGGACGGUUGAGACUCUCAAUCAAUCCGAAGACGAUUCUACCAUCCCAAGAACAAGCCGUGCUGCGACCGUGAACAGCGCACAGCUUGGACAGAAAAAAGCCGACAAAAAGAAACGUGUUCCUCGCGUGAGCAUCCUUGAUUUGGUUUGA